GUUCGCAAAUGAAAAAAGAAGAAACGUGAAGCAGAUGUGAGUAUUUCAAUGAGACGCUGUUGUUAAGAGUAGAUUAUUGGAUUAACUCCUAACAAGCCUAAACAUGACCUGAGAUUUACCAACUACGUAUGAACGCGCUUUCUGUUUCUGUGAAAUCUGGAUUCAGAAAAUCAUAUGAUUCAAGUAUUUCUUUAAAAGGACCGAAUCAGCUGUUUAGACAGGAAAUGGUCGUAUUUUUAAAUGUAGCAGACUGAAUAUUAAUAUCUGUCAUUCAGAGCUCAGGAGAAAAUUACCGGUUACUUUUUUUCUGUCCAGAAGAAACAUUUUAGUUCCUGAAACAUUUUUAGAGAACAUGUAUUUUGUUAUUUGUCAUUGUUUAGCUAGAAUUGGGUUAGAGAGGAAGUAGUCUGAGCAAACUACCCCGGGUUCCCCUUUCACCAGACCAGAAGGGAUUUAGAAUCCUUGCUUUGACCUGGAAAAUCUCCCUUUGCAGGCAUCCAGAUGGCAUCCUGGUCAGACACUUGAAGAGCCCAGCUGUCUCCUUAAAAUCCUUUUAUUAGCAGUGCUACAGUCAGAAAUCAAAUGUAUCAUUUCCACACAUAUCUGUUCGUACAGGUGAUCCCCACAGCCUAAAUAUCAAUAUCUUAAAGAUUGCUGUGAACACGUCACAAGGAUUAAAGAGUUUCACAGAACAACAAAAUGAGCCACAGUGAAAAACCUUCAGAGCAACAGGAUGAGACAGAGACUGACAUACACGAGGACGACAAACUUCACCUAGAGGACUGUAACGGUAAAGAUGAUCAGGUGAGAGAUUUACUCAAGACGAGUCAGACGGAGAAAAGGUCGGUCAGACCGCUCACUCUUUUCAAAGAGGACUUGAGCCAGUUCAAGGAAGGACUGUUGAAAGUGUUCAAGGACAAAGACACAAAUCCUAAAACAACACAGCCACCAGAAAAGACGACCAGCACUCUGACUCUGCUCAAAGAGGACUUGAAUCAUUUGAAAGAAGACAUCUCCAGCAUCUUCAGAAUCGGCCUUUCAAAGGAGCAUGAAGACAAAGAUGGUGCUGCAAAGCUAGAUUCCUCCAACGCUGCCAAGAUAAAAGCCACUAAAGCUGAAAGAAGUGACGAGUCCCUCCUGAAUCUGUUCAAGAGAGGUAGUCUUUCAAAGAUUACCCCCAAAACAAACGAUAGUCAGGAAGUUAGGAAGACACUCCCAGUAAAGGCAGAGGAACAAACGGAUAAUGGAUUUAUGAACAAAAACUCAAUUAGCACCGAGGAAACUAAUAACAAUACGACGGAGAGGCUGAACGACUCAGACGACAGCAAGCUGGAUGCAAAUAUUUCCCAGGAGGUAACUGAGAGGAGGAAGGCUUCCUCUGAAACACAACAGAUCCAGGAGGCGAUGCAUGCAUCGGAGAAAGUUGAUCAGUUAAGUGAGAACGGGAAGGGGGGACAUGACUCGUCAGCGGCGUCAGGCGAGGAAGAGGAAGAAGAUGAACCUUCAGAAACAGUUCAGUGUCCUUUGAUGUCUAGGCUCACUUUGAUCGCUGUGGGAAACACCGACAAAGCAGACCUCAAGGAGUUGCCAGGAGGACACCUGUGGGCACUGAAAAACUUUGCCCACUACCUGACCCUUGACCCCAACACUGCCAACUCUGAGAUCCUUCUAACUGACAGUAACAGGAAGGCAACUCGUGUCUGGUCAGAACAUCAAUACUCAGAACAUCCAGAGCGGUUUGAGUUCUGUCCUCAGGUCCUGUGCAGGGAGGGACUGCUCGACAAGGUGUACUGGGAGGUGGAGUGGAGAGGUGGUGCUGACAUCGGUGUCACCUACAACAACAUCUCUAGAGAUGGAGACACGGUGAACUGCCUGCUGGGACACAACGAGCGUUCCUGGACUGUGGAGUGCGCAGAGGGAAGCUACACUCCGUGUCACAACAGAAAGAGGUUAAAGUCGCUCUCACCCGAGAACUUCACCCACAGAAUUGGUAUCUAUCUAAACUGGCCUGCUGGCGCUCUGUCCUUCUACUGCGUCUCUCAGGACAUGAUGGUCCACCUCCACACUUUCAGCUGCGCCUUUACUGAGCCACUGUACCCGGGGUUCUGGGUGUGGGCAUACAACGGCUCAGUGUCUCUCUGUCAUGUAGAGUUGGAGUGGGAACAUGCACUAAAGUGACAACAGGACGACCCCAGGAUACCCAAAUGAGACUUUUCUCCUGGCUGAGAGCAUCAUGUGGAGUUAUUCAUCAGUGUUACUCAUUGUUGGAGCAAUGCAGUCUCCCUCCAUGCUGUAGGAGAAGUUUUUCAGAGGUAGAUUGGGGGCGGGGUUUCAGAAGUUGGACAAUGCAGUGAGAGCAGAGAUGCAAAAACUAUACCCACAGCUUUGCAAAUAACAGGUUAUGUGAUGAAACAUCAAACUACAUUGAUAUAAACACGACUUCCUUAUUCUGUCUGAAUUCAUGCUGAUAUCACAACACUGGAUCACAGCAAUCAUGAAUACUAACCUUUCCUCCUUUUUUCUAGCAACAGAUUUUUACACAUUUCUGCUGUUGGUCACCCACAAGAAAAAAAAUCCACCAGCAUCAGACACCAGAAGCCUCAGCUGACCAAUCACAGCUCUUAUACUCGCCAUGUGACAUCUCUGCAUCCAAUUAAAGCGUCUACAGAAUUCAUCACUAACACAUUUAAUGCACAAAUAUCCUGUGGAUUCACACACUGCUGUGUGUGUGUUAGAGUGUACAGUAUAUCUGACCUGCAGC